AUGGCUUCAGAGCUAAGUGAAUCGUCAAGUUCACCUGACAUUCUCACACCCGCAGUCAGUGUCGAUGAACAGCGCGACCAUGUCGCAACGACUGCACAUGGUCUCGGUGACGGUGUUACGGCUGUUCAAGACGAUAUGGCUCUAGGUAUGGAGCUCAUGAUCAAGAAAAUGCAAAUUCAGUCCGGGGUUGAGUCUACUGAGAAUGCUCAACCAAGUCGAGAGACUAUCGUCGGAGUGAUUGGCGAGAAUCUGCAAUCGGAGAUCUGUACGAUUAGUGUCGGCGAGGAAAAGGUGAACUUCAAUGCGCAUCUUGCAAUUCUUAAACAAUCACCAGUCCUCGCUACACUGCUGAAGCACAAACAAAAACCAAACAAACCUUUACGUAUCGUGUUUCCUAACCAAAGUCCGCCGAUAAUCCGUGGAAUCUUGCAGUAUCUCUAUGGUCAAGAGCUUUCUCAGCGCACUUCUGAUACAGCUCAACAAGUUGAAGAGCUUUGUGAGACAUACACCAUAGCUGGCGACCUUAAGCUUGAUAUAUUGCAGGGCGUCAUCAUCGAUUCGCUGGACUCGAACACGGAGCCUGAUAUGAGCAAGGAUUUCCUCUGCGCAGCAGAGAAAGUGUACAAGAAAUGCGCAGCAAGAUGGCCAUUUCGAGAAUUCUUCAAGCGAAAGAUCAAGGAAGAGAUCCGCAAAGAAGGCCUUGAUGACUCUAGCCACCUCUACUACGCUUUUGAGGACCUCGUGGCUGCUGGCGGAGAGCUUGCUAUUGACAUCGCCAAAGUCCUUAUGGAAGUCUGUACAGAAAGAAUUGAAAUUUGCCCAGACAAGCUUCCCAACGCAAGAGCACAAUACGCAGAAAGCGAGCUUGCCUUAAUGUAUACGACAAACGACGUAUUGCGCGCCAAGAUUGCCGCCGCAGAUGUUCGGUCCAAAGACAUAGAAAAAGCUUUUGAAGCGGCUCAAAAGAACGCAGCAUCAAACGUGGAAGUCGCAGGAAAUAUCGCAAGAGCGGCGCAGCAUCAGCGGGAGAGCGCUGAAACUGCUCUUGAGAACGAACGAGCCAGGGCAGAUUCUGCAGAAGCGAGAUUACACGAACUCAGCGAGCGAGCACUGGCAGCAGAGCAACGGUUAGAAAGUCUGAAGAAGGCAAGCAGCGGGCAGCAAGACAUGUCCAACAUCAGGGACCAAGCCAAGAAUCAGGAGGCGCAAGCCACAAAAACGACUGGGCCACGAACGUCUAGAUGGAGAAGCUUGCAAGACGUCUGGGGUCAGAUGGAGGAUGAAGGUGUUGUCGCCAUUGCAAGCAAAAGUCAAUCUUCGCCAUUCCCAGGGUGUCUGGCAUUCGAGCAAGGCGAUCUAAUCACGAACAUCGGGAUCUGGGACAACCAAUGGGUCGGAUCCUGUCAUGGAAAUCGUGGUUACUUCCAGCUUGACUGCGUGGAAAACCCUGAGAUGCUUGAAGGACGUUUCCGCUGGUAG